AUGGACUGGCUCUUGUCCAAAAGACCUGAAUGCCCUCCUCAAAAAAAGCUUAGCUUAAUUCGAAUAUGUUGGCCAUUUUCUAUCUAUUUGGAAGCUGUUGCUAUUCUCCCACAGUUGGUUCUGCUGCAGCAAAGUGGAAAUGUUGACAAUUUGACCGGUCAAUAUGUUUUCUUUCUUGGGGCAUACCAUGCAUUGUAUAUUCUCAAUUGGAUUUGUCAGUAUCUUACACAGCCCCAUUUCAAUGGAUGGAUAUCCUGUUUCUCUGGCUUAAUACAAACAGCUCUUUAUGCUGAUUUCUUCUACUAUUACUUCAUAAGUUGGAAAAGCAAUUCCAAGCUUCAAUUGCCAGCAUGA